AUGGGUGGCAACCCUACCUGUUCAGUUUAUCAGAAGAGAUCAUAUUCAGAGUUCAGCUGUGUGUCUAUGAGGAGUGAUGUGUCUAUGCCUCAGCCAAUAAACUUUAAGAGUGAAAAGACAAGGCCAGCACACAGACGCAUCAUAACAGAACCCGACUGUAAGGGGAGGAAGAUUGAGCAAUUUGGGAAUAAACUACAAGACUUCAAUAAAAACAUGAGUCCUCGUUUCAGUCAUGAGUCUAAUCUUGCUGAAGUCCUGAACACAUUCAGAUCAAAUCUGAGGAAGAAGUUUGAGUGUUUGUAUGAGGUAACAUCAAAUAAGAGAAACCCAACACUACUGAAUGAGAUCUACACAGAGCUCUACAUCACAGAGAGUGAAAGUGGAGAGAUCAAUAAUGAACAUGAGGUGAGACAGAUUGAGACACAAUCCAGAAGAACAACAACAGAGGAGACACCAAUCAAAUGUAAUGACAUCUUUAAACCUUUAACUGAACAAAAGAAAUCCAUCAGAAGUGUGCUGACAAAGGGAGUCGCUGGCAUUGGAAAAACAGUCUCUGUACAGAAGUUCAUUCUGGACUGGGCUGAAGAGAAAGAGAAUCAGGACGUCCACCUCAUAUUUCCACUUCCUUUCAGAGAGAUCAAUUUGAUGAAGAACAAAACACUCAGUCUUUUAGAUCUUCUUCAUCAUUUCUUCCCACAAACAAAAGAAAUGAAAAUCUUCAGUGAUGAAUAUAAAGUGUUGUUCAUUUUUGAUGGUUUGGAUGAGUGUCGUCUGUCUCUGGAUUUUCACAGCAGUGUGAGAUUGUGUGAUGUACGUAAAUCAACCUCAGUGGACGUGAUGCUGACAAACCUCAUCAAGGGGAAUCUGUUUCCUUCUGCUCUCAUCUGGAUCACCUCCAGACCAGCAGCAGCUGAUCUCAUCCCCUCUGAGUGUGUUGAUCGAGUCACAGAGGUACGAGGAUUCACUGAUCCACAGAAGGAGGAAUACUUCAGGAAGAGAAUCAGAAAAAAGAGACUGGCCAGGAGAAUCAUCUCACACCUGAAGUCAUCCAGGAGUCUCUACAUCAUGUGUCACAUCCCAGUCUUCUGCUGGAUUUCAGUCACUGUUCUAGAGAGAAUGUUGAGUGAAGCAGAGAGAAGAGAGAUCCCCAAGACUCUCACUCAAAUGUACACACACUUCCUGAUCAUUCAGACAAACAUCAAACAUCAGAAGGACUAUGAGAAGAAAGAUGAAGACAUGAUCUUCAAACUGGGGAAACUGGCUUUUGAGCAGCUUGUGAAAGGCAAUCUGAUCUUCUAUGAUGAAGACCUGAGAGAGUGUGGCAUUGAUGUAGCAGAAGCAUCAGUGUACUCAGGAUUGUGUACUCAGAUCUUCAGAGAGGAGUUUGGUUUGUAUCAGGGGAAAGUUUACUGCUUUGUUCAUCUCAGCAUCCAGGAACAUCUAGCUGCUCUUUAUGCUCACAUCUCAUUCACAAUCAACAAAAUAAAUUUGUUUAAAUCAGUUUGGUUUUCUAUAAAUUCAGAACAGGAUUCAUUAUCUGAGUUCCAACAGCGAGCUGUAAAUGAAACUUUAAAGACUAAGAAUGGACAUCUGGAUCUUUUCCUGCGUUUUCUUCUGGGUCUUUCACUGGAGUCCAAUCAGAUUCUCUUACAGGAUCUACAGACACAGAUGAGAAGAUGCUCCUACAAGAAAGAGGAAACUGUUGAGUACAUUAAAGAGAAGAUGAAUGAGAAUCUGUCUACAGAGAAAUCCAUCAAUCUGAUUCACUGUCUGAAUGAACUGGGUGAUGAUUCACUGGUGAAGGAGAUUCAAUAUUAUGUGAGAUCUUCAUCAGUAGGAAAGACCAAACUCUCCUCUUCACAGUGGGCAGCUUUAGUUUUUGUGUUGUUGAUGUCUGAGAAGCAUUUGGAUGAACUUGAUCUAAAACCAUUUAUUGGAGAUGCAAAUACAUUAGAUGAAGUUUUUGUGAGACUGCAGCCUGUGAUUAAAGAAACCAAAAAACUCAAGUAA